ACAAAUACCCGCGAAAUGGCGUGCGCAGCAGCCGCACAGAAAAGCCAUCCAAGAACGGAACAGGGAGACGGGGAGAGCAAGAGGACAAUGGGCAUGAGCUUCGCGCAGGCGGUGGCGGCGCUGAUGGGCACGUGCGCGCGGCGGCUGUCGCGGGCGGCGCGCCGGCUUCACCUGCGGCCGCCGCGGGAGGGCGUCGCGGCGUCCUUCUCGCCGCGCGCCAUCGUGCCGUUCCUCGGUGGCGGCGGAGUCAUCAAGAAGGUCCUCUCGUCGCCGUCGUCCAAGUCGAAGAGGAGGAGGAAGGCGGAGGACGAGCUGAGCUUCGAGUGGGAGGACGACGGCGUGUGGAGGAAGGAGAUAAUGAUGGGGGAGCGGUGCCAGCCGCUGGAUUUCUCCGGGGCCAUCCACUACGACGCCGAGGGCCGCCGCCUCGAGCAGCCACCGACCCCGCGCUCGCCGCUGCGCAGCCCGCUGCCGGCGUCCGCCAUCAUGCUCAAGGCCAACGCCGGAGGGCACUAGAUAGCUAGGGAGCCGUUGGCUUGGCUACAAGUGUACAUGGAUUCCCUUCCACUGCCAUGUUUUUUCUGUUCCUUUUCUCUUCCCUUCGGAGUGUCCGCGUGUGUAGCGAGAACCAUGGAAAUUAAUGGAAAUUUGGCUUGCUUGCUCUUCUGCACAAGUUGGCUUGGCCCGCCUCUCA